AUUCAUUACAUCAGAGAAACCUAUCCAAUUUCCCAAUUUCAUACGGAUCCACAUGUGAAAGUAAACGGAAGUUUGAGAAGGGGAGGGGAGGGAAGAUGGGCGGGCUUGUCCAUUAUUUUGUCUCAAUGUUUUAACAGUAAGCUUUUUGAUUGUGUGUGUUAGGGUUUGAUUGCCUUUGUAUUUGCCAUCAUGUCGCACGGGAUGGCCGAUGUCCAAUGGCACAGUCUAAGAGGACUGGAGGAUUAUUUCAUUGCUGCUAUGGCUAAAUCUGAUUUUCAUGGGAAUAGGGAAGAGGCGCAUUUGGCAGCUGAUGCAGGAGCAGAAUUCACUCUGAGGCAUUCAACGAGGCUUGAUUAUUUAAAUAAGACAUGGCAUGUACCUAUCAAAGAUAUUAUAGAAAUCUACAAACGCCACUAUAAUGCAACUGCUACAGAGGAACGACAAGUGCCCUUAGCGUCUCAUAUCCAAUAUUGCAUGACGGCAGCCUUUGCCGCUUCUCGAAUUGAUGUCGAAUUUGGCGGUUACAUGUUUGGCUAUUACGGAUCCAAAAGUCCAUUUUUGACAGAAGAAACCUUUGAUUAUUAUAAAGGAGGUAUCUCACAUCUCGCAGGUAGCGUUGCUGACUGCUAUUCAGAGAUGGUCAACGCUUUUGAGAAGGGGAUAGCCUAUCAACAACCCGAUACUUUAUGCACCGACUUCUUUCGAACAACAGACGCAGCUUCAUCUACCACCAUGCACAGACAGCACUGUCUAAAGUACCCUCAAGCCUCUUUCCUAGCUACAGCCUAUCAUGAUACCCUUCAACAAUACUACGACCCCACAACAGGGGUGCUUACACUUACUACCUCAUCCGCUUCCUCUCCGAAAAGUUCUACCGGCAUUCCUAAAGGAGACGAUUCCUUGCCACUGAUACGGCACAUGACGGAUCAUUCUACUGUCAAGCGCCACGACUUGAAAUUAGCUAAUCAGAGACAGCAGCACCAUCAGCGACAACAACAUCCAUUUGAGAUGCCUGUGUCAACAAGUUCUAUUGACACUGUUUUACGCGUGAACAAAGGGUCAAUGGAAAGUGUCUCACAGAAAAGCCAAUGUGCCAACAUGUUUGACGACGACGACUAUUCUGUUCAAACACUCAGUCUUUUGACGGAAUCCAAUGUUGGAUUAGGACAUCAACUGGUGCAAUGCAACCACUUUUAUAGCAAUGCGACAAUGAGAACAACAGAAAACCAUAUAGCCAUUUCAGCACCCUAUUACCAACAAAAAGGUGCUGUGUUCAUUCUAAAUAAAGAGGACCUCUUUGAUGCUCAUGGCGGCGACAGAACCAUCGUACAAGAUAUUCGUCACUUGGCCCAUACGAUGUUGGAAGGGGACGUUCAUCAUGGACGAUUCGGCUGGUCAGUCACUGCUAUGGAUAUCAAUCAAGAUGGAUUGGAUGACCUCGUCAUUUCGACCCCCUUUGGCGAGAAAAAUGACGAACGUGAAGGUGGUAAAAUUGAGAUUUAUAUUUCUUUGCCACAAUCGAGCGAGAAAAAAAAGAUGGAUUUCAAAAAGGUUGAGCUUCAAUUGACAUUAUCAACCCCACAGGAACAGCAGCAGCAGCAGCAGCAAAAGAUUUCGUCAUCAUCUUUAUUAGGUACGGUUUUAGUUUCUGUUGCUGGGUUAUUUCCUCAAGAAAAAGAUCGGCCUGAUCGUCAGGACAACCGCUUCAAUAGUUUAGUGGUAGGCUGUCCACUCUGUUCGUCUUUUUCUGGAGCCGUUGGAAAUCAAGCCGGAAGAGUGUACAUUUUCAAAUCCUUUGUUUCAAAAGAAAUACUCCACGAUAGCACAAAGAUGGUAAAGGAAGCAGAUCUCAUCAUCGAAAAUCCUAAUCAUGAGGAAGACAACUAUGAUCAUUUCGGUGAAUCCAUCUUAUUCAUGCAAAAAACGGGCAUUUUGCUCAUUGGUGCACCUGGAUAUUCUACAGAGAAUAAGCAAAGGGUUGGUAGAGUUUAUGCAUUUGAUAUGAGGUCGAACAAAUUAAAAUGGAUCGUCACUGGUUCAGAGGAAUUUCAGCAAUAUGGAAAAGUCUUGGCUACGGAUAAGAAUCAAAGUGUUUUACUAGUAUCGAGUCCAUCUGAGAAAACAAAGUUUCGUUACCGUCAGAGUUAUUGGCAAGCUGGAACCAUCAGACUCUACGAUUGGAGCAGAUUUAUACCGAAUAUGAAUGACAAAGAAGGUUUACAAGCCGAAGUUGACAGAGGCAAAAAACCAAGGGAGUUUAAUACAAGCCAUGGUAUGACAAGCAUUCUGCUUGGACGUGCAAAUGCUGGUCACUUGGGACAAUCUUUGUUUCUGUUGAAUCAAGAACUUUGGAUAGGCGAGCCUAUGUCUGAUAAGGAAAAUGGAAAAGUGUAUCGAUGGCGAUUUGGACAUAACGAACAGCAUAAUGAUAAUGAGAUCAAAUGUAUGAAAACCAGUAGACAGCUAUUGGAACGGUUUGGUUCACAGAUCGGACCAUUGGGUAACAAUUUAGAUGAUUCACCCAUUUGUAUCACCUCACAAAGAUAUGGGCAACAGAAUGCACGGUGAUCAUACCGGCGCUGUCAAUUGUCUCUUCAAGAAGAAGAAGGAGCCGUAAAUGUCAAUAACCGUGUUCAAUAGACAC